AUGGCGACUCCUCCGCCGCCGCUCCCGCCCAUGCCGCCGAGGCGCGUCUCCUGCGGCUCCCUUCUACAGGAACUACAGGAACUAUGGGGAGAAAUUGGUCAGGGUGAAAUGGAAAGAGAUAGGAUGAUACUGCAACUGGAGGAGGAUUGUCUCAAUGUUUACAGGCAAAAAGUGAAUCAGACUAGGAAGCAGAAGGCAGACCUGCUUCAAGAGCUGUCCUUUGGCGAAGCUGAUAUAGAUAAGAUCCUUUCUGCUCUUGGAGAGAGAGAAACCUUUCCCAGGUCAGAGAAGCUCGGGGGCACGUUAAUGGAACAAAUUGCUAAGAUAGAGCCAGUGCUGGAAGAAUUGAGGCGCAGGAGGGAUGGCAGAGUAAAUGAGUUCAGGGCUAUUCAGUUACAGAUAGUUCGAUUACAAGCAGAAAUUUCAGGAGCUAUUGAUCAUGGGGAUCCCGCUGCUCCUAUGGUAGAUGAGAAUGAUCUAUCCUUGAAGAGAUUAGGGGAAUUGAAGGAGCAACUUAAUGAUCUUCAGACAGAAAAGGAAUGCAGGCUGCAAAAAAUUGACAUCCAGACUAACAGUAUUCAGGAAAUGUGCAACAUUAUGUCUAUUGAUCUCAAAAAGGCACUAAAGGAUGUUCAUCCCAGUUAUGCUGAGCUGGGAAGAGGCAAACCCAUGAGCAUUAGCAACGAUUCACUUGAUAGACUCUCGGAAAAAGUUCAUGCGUUAAAUCAUGAAAGGAAACAAAGGCUUCGGAAGCUCCAAGAUCUUGGCAGCACACUCAUUGAGUUAUGGAACCUCAUGGACACACCAACUGAUGAACAAAGAAGUUUUGACCAUGUGACUUCUCUUAUUAAAGUCUCACCAAAUACAGUGAUGCCCCCAGGGUGCCUUGCACAUAAGCUUAUUGAGAAGGUAGAGACUGAGGUUAAGAGACUGACUCAUUUGAAAACCAGCAAAAUGAAAGAGCUAGUCUUCAAGAAAAUGACUGAUCUUGAGGAAAUCUUUAGAAGUGUUCACAUGGAUAUUAAUAGUGACACAGAGCGGCGAACCCUCAGUGAUCUCAUUGAUUCUGGUAGAGCAGAUCUUUCAGAGUUGCUGACAAGAAUGGAUAUUCGAAUUGCGGAGGCAAAAGAACAUGCAUUAAGUAGAAAGGAUAUUCUAGAAAAGGUGGAGAAGUGGACAUCAGCAUCUGAAGAGGAGACUUGGCUUGAUGAAUACGAGAGGGAUCAAAACCGCUAUAAUGCUGGCCGAGGAGCUCACAUAAAUCUCAAGCGUGCGGAGAAAGCUAGGACAUUGGUCAACAAACUUCCAUCUCUUGUGGAGAACUUGACUGCUAAAAUUAAAGCUUGGGAAAAGGAGAAGGGUAUUCCAUUUAUGUUUAACAAGGUGAGGCUGUUGGAUUGUUUAGAAGAAUACACCUGUACAAGACAGCAAAAAGAAGAGGAAAAGCGUCGAUCAAGGGAAUUGAAGAAACUGCCAAGUACAGAGCAAGGUGCCAAGUUUGUUACGAAACCAAGCCCUAUCCGUCCUCUUUCUGCAAGGAAGCCUCUUGGGAGCUCUAAUGUCAAUAAUAUUGGUGGAACUCCGACCGGCCGCCGUGUUUCUACCCCUAUGUCACGGAAGUGUAGGCCAUCUUCUGGAAGGGUGCAGGAAGCUGUGAAGACUGCUGUGGCACCAGCAAACUAUGUUGCCCUUCCCAAGGACUGCUCAGACAAUUCUUCCCUUUGA